CAUUUGUCACCUACAACAUUAGACCAUUCGAGUUAUCGCGUGUACGAGGCCUAGUUGGAGCCAGUGUUUCAUUAAUGUGCCUGUAACGUUUCAACAUCCAGGGACUUGAUCAGCGGCUAAUCAGUGACAAGUGCUGCAACCACAACUACAGUGCAGUAGCUAGAUAUCGUUGGAUCGUUUCGGAUUAAUCGGUCGCAAAUCUAUAAGCUCCGGAAGGUCCCUUGCCCACAGGAAAGUUGAAACGCGUUGGACUUUUCAGCGCGGGAAGAAUCCAAGAUCGGCAUUACUCUGCAGUCGACUACAUAUUUGCACCCGCAAGGAUCGAGAGCGGACGAAUUAAAAGUGGUCGAAGGACGCGACGGAUCGAGUUAUCGUCUCCUGGCCCGUGGGGAGGAUCGCAAAGGUGUUGUUCAGCCACGAAUCCAGAAUUCUCACCCCCGGCGGCGGCACACUCUCGCCCGGGGGCGCUGGGCCUCCUGCGAGCCCUCCCUCAGGACUCUACCAUCCUCCGACGCACAGUCCGCCACUGGUCAAGAUUGGCUCAGUUCAAGCUCAUCAGCCUCUCAGCCACCAGCAACAGCAGCAACAACAGCCGUCACCCCAGCCGCAGCCGCAGGUGGCCGUGGCGGGGGCGGGGACGGGGGCCGCGGCGACGGGGGUGGCGAUGGCCAGGGCCGGCGGGAUGUUCUGCUACCACUGCCCGUCGGGUCUUCAGGCCCCCCGUUUGCCGCCGUCCCUCGAGUACUCCUUCGCCCCGACGCAUCCCUACCCCAGCUACACGCCGUACCAUCCGGCACUGCACGGUGUCGGGGAUGACUCUUUUGUGCGGAGAAAGCAGCGGAGAAACAGGACGACGUUCACUCUGCAACAGCUGGAGGAACUGGAGUCGGCCUUUGCCCAGACGCAUUACCCGGACGUCUUCACACGCGAGGAUCUGGCGAUGAAGAUUAACCUGACGGAAGCCAGGGUCCAGGUCUGGUUCCAGAAUCGACGGGCAAAAUGGCGGAAAAGCGAGCGUCUAAAGGAAGAGCAGAGAAAGCGAGAAGGCGGAUCGGAUCCCGGGCUUCCACCACAGCCUAGCAGCCACGAGCCCGACGCGGUGAGCGCCGAGGGCGAGGACGUCGGUCCGGAUGGGGGCUCGAGGAGUCCGAGCACCACCUCGGCGUCGGUCAGCCCGAGGCCCCAGCAGCCCCAGAGUCAGCCGUCCGUAGGGGGCGCCGCGACGCCGCCACCGACGCCGACGUCGAUCCGGGCGCAGCCCGCGCCCCCCAGCACCGUCAGCACCGUCGGGGUCCUCGGACCCCCAGCUGAGAGUUUCCCCUUGUCUCUGUUUUUCAGUAACCUUGGAUCAGCCGCCGGUUUCAGGCCGGUCGAACCACCCCCGUCAUUAUUUUUCCCACCACAUUUGGCGGCGCAAUUUUCCCCGCCGUUAUUCGGUACGAAAAUCGGCAGCACUCCGACCUCCUUGUCAUCCGGGACUCCGUCUUUGUGGAGUAGCAGUGACCACCGGCCAGGAAGCCUUCAGGACAUGCUCUCGUGGUCCCCAGCCGGAUGGCCGGCCUCUUUGUGCGGAUGCUGCAAGCCCGGAAGCAACGAUCUGCACAGGAGCAGCAGCUUGGCCGAGCUGAGAAGGAAGGCCCAGGAACACUCGACGGCCUCCGCGCUUUUGGGGGGCCUUGCGGGUUUCCCGGGGGGACUCCCCUUACCGUUGCCUUUGCCCCUCCUGCCCCCGUUGCUGGGCCUCUCCAGACGACCGGAACACCAUCACCUGCCCUCUGUCGUUCACCAAAUACAACCAUCGACCAAGGAAGAUCCAUAGAUCGUAAAUAACCGCUG